GUAGUUCGGGGUGCGAGAUGAUACCUCUACCUGGUGAAUCUCGCAUUUUGGUUAUCUCUCAUUCUACUUAUACCCACCUGCAGUUAACUACAACUGAAAACAAAACACGACGGAGGAAAUUAUUGUAAUGAAUAUAGUUUUGAUAGACGAUGCCUUCGGGAUAAUUACCACCUGGCGGGGUAAGCUGCUAAAGGCUACGGGCUUUACAACGCCCAAUAGGGCUGCAGGCAUAGGCUGCGGGCGGGUGCCUUGGCCGAGUAUAUUAUCAUCUUCUUUCUUCCUUCUAUGUUUUUUAUAUAUUUAAAUAAUCAGGUCACUAAGAGACUUCCAUAAAAUGCUCGAACCAAUAAUUGGGUUAAUUUAGGAACUGAAGCAUUCUGCUGAGUCUAAGGCUCUGGAUACAAUAAUCGCCUAGGGCAAGACAGAACCCCUUAAAUCUCCAAUUGUCAACAGUUACUUUCACUUCCAGAUUCCAGAACUAAGCGUCGCAACUUCAUUAAAUGAUGGAGGAUCCUCAGGUUGGCGACAAUAACGCAGAAGAGCGCUACUUCACGUACACCCCUAUGGCUGAUGCACAAAACCAAAUUCGCCUCUUACAAAUACACCAUUCCAAAUAUGACGAACUCGUUCAUUGUAGUCUAUCAACUUGGUCACGGAGAAAACUACCUCCAUACCACGCCAUCUCAUACACGUGGGGAGAUCCCUCGCAAACCACACACAUCUCUAUCAACAACCAACCGCUCAAAGUCAGAAAGAAUUGCGAGUAUGUUUUACGCCAGGCCCGAUGGCAUGAAGAACACUUGCGAACCCUGAGCUUACCGUGGCGCCAUCGCUAUUACUGGAUAGAUGCCAUCUGUAUCAAUCAGGUAGACAACGAGGAGAAGAGCCACCAGGUACAAAUGAUGGGAAAGAUCUAUCGCCUGGCUUCAUGCGUGUUAUCCUGCAUCGGACCGCAUGCAGACGAUAGCAGAUUCCUCCUACAUUUCGUGCGAAGAAACUAUUACUAUUUCAAAUCCGUCUCUACCGCUAACUGGAAACCUUCUAAGCUGGGACAACUAUGGUUGGCGGGGUUGGGCAGUACCAGGUCUGCUUUUUCAGCGUAUAUGCAGGUUCUCGAGCGGGCAGAGAGGGCCAAAGAUGCACUUAUACGCCGGCCGUACUUCACUCGCCUUUGGAUUCUCCAGGAGAUGUUCGCGGCUCGUAAAGUCCAUGUCUGCUGCGGCGAAGACUCCGUCCCUAUGGACUAUCUCCACGUACUUCGCCCCAGUUUAACGCGCCAAUCUCCGAGAUAUAGAAACAACAUGCUGCGAGAGAAAUCUAUCUCCCCAACCGUCGAUGAAAGCAUCUGCUGGGUUCACUUCGCGAAGUAUGGGAGCACAGGGUAUGUAGCGCCUCUAGGCCUAUACACCGCCCUUGGACAGUCCAUGUUUCUAUGCUGCCAGGAUUCAAGGGACAGAAUCUAUGGAAUCCUCACGGUGAUAGGUUGGAAUGAAGACAGCCCGUUGAGUAUCGAUUAUAAAAAGUCGCUUUUUGAGGUAGCCGUAGAUGCGUUGAGGGCCGUAGUCCAAGAUCCUAGGGAAGGGUUCCAUUGGGAUACUACUAUCUGGCCAUUAACUGGCCGGAUUUUUCAAUGUUUAAAUAUUGAAGCUUGCUUUUACAUGAGAAAGGUCUUAGAGUCACGAAGAACUGUGCAGCGAUUGAACGAUGCGGAAAACUGCUCUCCACUGGCAUCUUUGCGUGAAACUACAGGAGAAAAUCGGGGUGUCAGCUCGAAGGCAUUUGACACGGUGUGCAAACCAUUGUGUACCUUUGAGCACUGGCUAGGGCUACAAAUCGUGUCGAUGGGGGGCAUACUGGGGUUCAUAUUUCCAUUCGAAAAUGGUCGACAGGAGUUUAUCAAGGGAAACGGUUCGUUAGUAGAGAUGCCAUUGUUCGUGGGAAGUCCAUCUGGAGAGCUUCGAAAGUCAACCAAUACUGAAACUGUAAGCUUUAUGUUGCCAGCAGGAACUCGAUGUGGUGACUGGAUAAUAUUUAGAUAUUGCAGGUCUCGCCGUACGGACAAUCAAGGACCAGGCUGUAUCUUGGUUGUGCGACAGCGAGAUAGCGUUAGUCCGCAUCACUACGAUAUCUGCGGGCAGGCAGUGCCCAUGGAAGGGGGAAGGUUGAUCCAUCGUGAAGAAUGUGAAGACUUUGGUUUCUUCCACCGGCUCGGAACUGACUGGGGAAGCUUCCAAGAUGGCUUCGAUGUCCAUUUUGAUUUAGAAGAUCUUCUUGUACUUGUAGCUCAACUAAAUGGGCCAAGACAUUCCAAAACGGGCCAGGAGCACAGUGACGAACAAAUAAAGAGGGUAAGAACUAGCGUCUGCCGCUUUGAGACCUCUUCUUAUGCGAUGUUACAGGUCUAAUUUACAUUAAUUCGGUCGGAUAGAAUAUCAGAUUCAUAUUAUCAAGUAAACUAAGACUAGUUAGAGUAUACGGUACCUUAGGUACUCUGAUAGGGUAUAUUAACUUUGCUUAUACCUAG